AAAAUCAAAACACCCUCAUCCCUGAAUUUCUAAAUCGAAAAAAAUCCCAACUCAGCCGGCCACUCGCCUGACUCGAAUCCCACCUCAUUCAUCUCAUCUCAUCUCUCACCUUAGUUGGCGCCGUUCAGGCAGCACCCACGCUCCCCACUCUGUUCUCAGUCAGCCGGCAUCCGCUACAGUCUCAUUCAGAUCACCUCAGCCGGCAGCCGGCGUCUUUCCAUCUUUCUUCUUCUUUACCUCGAAUUUCAAAUAAUCUGUUCUUUUGUUUUUCCAGGACCAAUAUGCUAUGGAGAUGCCACUGCGGCAUCCUCCCUUCAACGGGAAGAACUGUGGUGCUCAAAGCAAUUCGAUUCAUGUCAGUUCACCCAUUUUCAGCUCCAGAGGGAAGUUCGAUUCGUUGUGUAAAAUGAGUAGGCUAGCAGAGGCAUAUCAAGUGUUGGGUUUGAUGAUUACUCUUGGAGUUUCUGUAUCAAUAAAGGUUUGGAGUAUAUUGAUUGAUGUGUUUUUUCGGUUGCAUCAACCUGAUUUAGCAUAUGCUUUGUUUAAUAAGAUGCUCAGGACUGGCUGCUCUCCUAAUCUGGUGAUAUACACUAAUUUGAUCAAGGGAUUUUUGGAUUCCAAAGUGGUUAAUACUGCUUCUAGCAUUCUAAAUAGAAUGGAAUCUGACGGAUAUGUUCCCGACUUGGUUCUCUGUAACGUAUUAAUAGAUUGUUUAUCCAAAGGUGGGAGGUAUGAUGAUAUAUUUGAUAUUUUCCUGAGGUUGCCAUACAGAAAAUUGGUACCCGAUUCUUAUACAUUUUGCUCCUUGUUAUCUAACAUUUGUUUGUCCCAGAGGUUUUCUCUGUUACCUAAUAUAGCUAGUGGACUUGCAAUAGAAGGGGACCUAAUGGUUUGCAAUUCCCUACUAAACUACUUUUGCAAGGCUGGCUAUCCAUUGCAUGCUGUAGAAUUAUAUGAUUACAUGCUUGAUAGCGGUUUAACACCUGAUAAGUAUAGCUUCGUUGGAUUACUUAGUGGGCUUUGUGGAGCUGGAAAAAUUAAUAAAGCUGUUGGUGUUUAUCGAGGAUUAAUAAUGUCUUAUUGUGGUCUAGAUGCUCAUGUCCAUACUGUUAUCAUGGAUAGGCUCAUAAGAGCUGGUAAAUAUCACACAGCCAUCAAAUUGUUUAGGAGGGCACUUGUAGAGAAAUACCCACUAGAUGUUGUAUCAUACAAUGUUGCUAUCCAUGGACUUCUCAAGAGUGGAAGGACAGGAGAAGUUCCUACUUUGUACAGCAUGAUGAAGGAAAUUGGUAUUUUACCUAACGUGCACACAUAUAAUUUGAUCAUUUCUGGUUUCUGUAAGGAAAGAAAUGUCAAAAUGGUCAAGCAGUCGAUGCAAGAAAUCAGUGGGACAGAAGUUCAGUUGUACCAUCACACUGUGAACAACAUAAUUAAACUGUUGUUCAGAUCAUAUCCAUAUCCUUCAGCCUUCAAUCAAUUAGUCGAAAUGUGGAAAUCUGGAUUGAUACCUGAUGAGGCAAUGUAUGCACAAUUCUUCAAGGGGCCAGCAUCUGGAAUAAACAUAGCUCAAGCACAGCGCUUGCUUGUGAGGGAUGAAGUAUGGGUAGACUCAUCUAGCUUUGAAGACCUUCCUGAUGUGGCUGCUUCUGUGGGCUGAGCUGUUGUCUGAAAAUAAGUCUUCUCAUAUAUCAGUAGAUGGAGCAGCUGCUUGGAUUCUAUGUAGAUCUGCUCUCCAAUGGAAUGUAGUCCCAACUAUAAAGGUAAAGCAAGGCUCUGUCAGAAGAAUGGAGUGUUGAAUAGGUUGAGCAGAAUAUGGUGUGAAUGGUUGGGGAAAGAGGCUACAAGAAAUGAUGAAUUGGCUCUUGUUACUUUUGCUUAUAAUUGUGAUCUAGGCAGAGAGAAAUUACUCGAAGACGGAAAAUUACUUUUAACAUAUGGUUCUCCCACUGAAUUGGGCAAUGUUGAAGCUGCUAGCGGCAAAAGGUCCAAAAGAAAAAAAUCAUUUUCUGACCCAGAGGAUAUAAGUGAAUCUUUGAGUAAUCAAUGCAAUUCACCUGGGGAAAACUCUUCAACUUCAAAUCGUGCUUCUUCAAAACUGGCAUUAGAUCAAUAAGAUGAUCAGCUUCUGCUCACAAGAUUUAUAUCAAGUGAGGUUAUAAGGCGAGGGCUAAGACGGCAACAACGUAUAGCUGUUGAAAAAAUGUGUGAUGUCUGUCAGCAAAAGAUGCUUCCUGGGGAAAAUCUAGCAACGCUCUUGAACUUAAAUACUGGAAAACUUGUUUGCAGUAGUAGAGCAGGAAAAUUUGUAGGCAUUCCAUUUAUAUCACACUUCAUGCCUUAUACAUUGGAUACUUCUCUGGGAUCUCGAGACAAUUGAAAACCAUUCAGUUAAUCCAAAAGUAAGGAGACGAUGUAGAAGAAAAAUGGAAUCAAAUGCAGUGAGAUGGGAAAGGAUUUGAAGAUUAAAGCUACAGGGUUUCUUAUUUCUUCCGUAUUUUACCCAGUGUGCCAAGGUACUGAAAUUGAGGUUGAGGGAGAUGAGCUGGAGAAGCUUGAUAUCUCUCUGUCUCAGAUGUUCAGAUACAAGAUUGAAGUGAGUGAUGGUCGUAGAGCCUGGAUAAAAAAUACUGAAAUGCUGGGAGAAUCAUUCAACAGGGUUUCACUUUUCUUCUGAAUUUGGAGAGAUGAUUCAGGGGAAAGUAUUGCUUCAUUUACAAGUGUGAAUCAGGAACAAGUUUGGUGGGCUGAAUUAUGUGCAAUUGACAUUAGUAAACCAUACAUAAAAUUGUUGCAUUUCAUUCUACUUUUCUACUUUUCCGUGAUGGGGCUUUGUAAUUACCUGUUGUCUGCAAUUUAAAUGAACAGGCAGUCAUUUACAAAGUUACACCACCACCAUUAACAUUGUUGUCUGCAAUUUAUAUCAGAAAUAUGUAUUGUACCUUUAUAC